AUUUGCUAGUUUAUACCAGCCAUCCAAUCUUGUUGACCUUCAAGGUAGUGAAAACACCGCACAUUUUGGUUAUCAUGUCAGUUUCUGUUGUUGGGAUUUCCGACCACGCUACAUUAAUUCAUGGAAAGCGAAACACAAAAUUUAUUAUACAUUUGAAAGCAAACAAUCAAGAAUGGUCUGUAACCCGUCAUUAUACAGAAUUUCAUGCAAUCUAUACGAAAUUGAGGGAAUCAGAAGAUUGUACAGGGUUACAAUUGCCAGGAAAUAACCUGCUAGGCGUCUUUACAAAUCGACGUAAAGGUUUGUAUAAAUUUGUUAAAAAACUUGUAUCCACUGAGUUGUUGAUUAAGAACGAAGAUGUACGACUAUUUCUUGAUCUUCAUAAAGACAAAAAACUAUCUAAUUUAACGUCAUCUCAAGACACAGAUUUAAUUGAUCUUGGGCCAACAGAAGAUAAAAAAGCAUCAUUGGAUGACUUCGAAAUUGUGAAAACUAUUGGUGAAGGAAAUUUCGGAAAGGUUUAUUUAGCUGUUACACGUAAAACAAAUCAAGCAUUAGCAAUAAAAGUACUUAAAAAAGAUGCAGUUAAACAGCGUAAAGAAGUUGAUAAUGUUAUGUCUGAACGUAAUGUAUUGGUUAAAAGUUUAAAUCAUCCAUUUCUGUGUAAACUACACCUUUCAUUUCAAAGUACAACUAAAUUAUACUUUGUAUUGGAUUAUAUCAAUGGUGGGGAGUUAUUUUAUCAUAUUCAACGUGAACGAGUAUUUACUGAAACACGAACCCGAUUUUAUGCAGCACAAAUUGCUUCUGCUUUAGGUUAUUUACAUUCAGAGAAUAUAAUUUAUCGUGAUUUAAAACCUGAAAAUAUACUUCUUGAUAGUAAGGGAUAUGCAAUCCUUACAGAUUUUGGGUUAUGUAAACAAAAUUCUGCCAGUCAGUCUACUACGCUAACAUUUUGUGGCACUCCUGAGUACUUGGCACCAGAAAUUUUGCGUAAACAGCCAUAUGAUUUUGCAGUUGAUUGGUGGUGUUUAGGGUGUGUUAUUUAUGAAAUGUUACAUGGUCUACCUCCGUUCUAUUCAGAAAAUCGUGCACAUAUGUACCGAUAUAUAUUGGAAAGACCUUUAAGAACACGUAAUACACUUAGUUCAUCAACUGAAAAUAUUUUAUUUCGUUUACUUCAAAAAGAUAAAAUUAAUCGACUUGGAAGUGAAAAUGAUUUUGAAGAAAUUAGUAAGCAUCGAUUUUUCAAAGAUAUUGAUUGGAUAAAACUACUAGAGCGCAAAUUAACUGCACCAUUUCUGCCAUCGGUAACCUCAUCAACCGAUACACGAAACAUUUCACCGGAAUUUGUCAAUUCCGCUGUACCAAAUUCCGUUAUAUGUUCUGUAAUGCGAUCACGAAAUCUUCAUGGUAUAGAUGAAACAUUUUCUGGAUUUUCUUAUAUCCCAACCAAAAAUAUUCAUAAUUAGUCAUAGUUGGACUGAAUAUAAACUUAUUCUUACAUAUUUAAUUUACAUUCGAAUAUAUCCUAUUUUGUUACUUUAACAUUUUCAUCAUGGUUCAAUUGUUCAAUGUCAUAUUUAAAUCUGCUCUCAAUAACUCAUUUAAAUGUUGAAAUUAACUGUUGGAACAGCUUGUACUAUUUUAGUUGUGAAGAUGUUUUUGAGGGUAAACAUUGAUGAACUCAUAGGUGCUGCUUGAUUCCGUUUAAUGAUAAUGCUAAUAAAAUAUAGAUUCUUAUUAACUUAGUAUACAAACUUAUGAAAACGGGAAAUAAGAAAUGGAGUAGGAGUAGCGCUUCGUAUACGUAAAUUUCAAACGUAAAUUUAAACAGUAGACAAACGAUAUAGGUAUAGAUAAAACGUUUCAUUUGAAUACGCACUAAAAGUUAGACCUAACUCAGAUUAUAUAAGCAAUGUUUAUAAUACAAGAAGGUAGAUAGACACGUACAUAAUAAGUACAUACACAUCCUUAUCUAAACCGUAUUUUGUGAUUUAUCAUCGUUAGAAAUAUCAUAAGAAAAUGUACUUGAACAGGUCACCAGAUCUUUGAUCGAAUUACAAUGAUACUCAAAUGUUACAGCUUGAUACAGACACAAACAGAUGAGGGGUAUGUUCUAGGCGAAUCGUAUUAGAAAAUACAGGGUUCUGUCCGUAGACAUAACGCUGCUGUUGGUUUCUUCAAGUAAAUUAUACAAAUCGAAACCGCUGCAAAGUCGGUGGAAGAUUUUGUGUAGAAAAAUGUAAUGAAAGGCCAUACAUAGAAACUUGCUUGUACUGCAUCUUAUUUGCCAAAAAAACGUCCACAUGACUGUCAAAAUCGGAUAAUAAGAGUGGGAAGAAAGAUAAGCCUUUAGUUAGCUUUCGUAAUAGAAAAACAAAGUCACAUACUUUUUUUUCAUUCAGUGUGAUUGCUGUUCAAUAUCAUGCCUAUUUUUUAUCCACUGUGAUGACUGCUUGAUAAGGGUACUCGUUUUAUUUAAAGAGUAGUGGUUUUCUUGCCAUAACAUUGAUUUUAUUUUCAAUGUGGUGUUUAUUCAGUAUGGUAUUUUUGUAUUAAAUUAAUUUGAACUCUGCUCAGCAUCGCACUCAGUAUGUGUUUUUGUAAUAAUUCUAUGCACUUUUCAUGCAUGUGAUAUUUAAUAAUUAAUUAUCGAGUAGGUGCGCAAAUCAAUGUAUAGAUGAAUAAAUAUUUUGGUUAUAUGGGGUACUUUUUGGAGG